AUGUCCUCAGAACCCAUCAAAGUCUUCAUCAUCGGCGCCGGCGCCUUCGGCCUCUCCACGGCCCUCCAUCUCCUCACCACUCCCAGAAGGUACAACGUCACCAUCCUCGAACGGCAUCCCUCUGGCCUACCUCCUGACUCUGCAAGCUAUGACCUGAACAAGAUCGUGCGCUCUGAUUACCCUGAUCUUGCUUAUGCUAGAUUGGCGAGGGAGGCGGUAAGCCUCUGGAAAGAGGAAGCUUGGGAUGGGGUGUAUCAUGAGACGGGUGUGCUAGUGCUGGGUGAUCAUUCCCCAACAGGCCAGUACACUUCCUCCUCCUUGACCAACUCCCUCGCGCUCGGAUGCCGUAUCAUACCUGCCACCGACGUGGGUCUACAGGCUUACUUCCCUCCCAUCGUGCCCAUCCCAAUGUUCGAAAGGGACAGCGCGUACUUGAACAGAGAUGGGGGGUGGGUCGAGGCAGAGCGCACUAUGGGAGUACUCCGCGCUCAAGUGGAAGGCCUGGGCGCUCUCCUCCUGGGAGGGAGGACUGUGACCGGGCUGACGAAGGACGACCGAGGGGAAAUGGACGCUGUGCUGCUCUCUUCUGGAGAAGAUAUGCACGCAGACCUCGUGGUUGUCGCUACAGGCGCAUGGACACCUUCUCUGUUCCCUCACCUGGGUCUGCAAGAGAAGCUUCUUGCAACGGGGCAGAGCGAGCUCUUCCUCCGGCUCUCUGAGGAGGAGCGCUCGCGCUGGAAGGGGAACCCGGUGCUCCUGGAUUGGAAUACGGGGAUGUCGGUAUUUGAGCCGACAGAGGACGGCACAGUGAAAAUCGCCAUCCACCAUGCUGGCUACGUGUACCGGAAGCAACAGAUAGUAGAGGGAAAGGAGUACGUCGUCUCCACCCCGUUGACGAGCGAGGAAGGGAGCAUCAGGCGCCCCGCUGUGCCAGGGGAGGUCGUCACCCGGCUAAGAGAUUGGCUGAAGCAGCGCUACCCCGGUACACUAGGAGACAAUCCGUUUGUCGGCUCGCGUAUGUGUUGGUAUACAGACACGCCGGAUGGAGACUGGCUCGUCGAUUUCCACCCUGAGCAUCCUAAGCUGCUCUUCGUAACAGGCGGGUCAGGCCACGCGUUCAAAUUCCUUCCAAAUCUUGGAUCUCUCGUACGACAGAGGAUUGAACGUUCUCUGCCGCAGGAGUGGGCGGGAAAGGUAGCUUGGAAGGAGGGGAGGGAGGGGAGGGAUGUGUCCAGGGUUGGGGAGAGGACUGAGCUGCUGGACUUGGGUGGACUAGUAGAGUUGGGAGGGUGUUGA